AUGUCAACCUCAUCUAUGCCCCAUGAGGAGUUUAGUGAAUCUGAUUAUGAACAUGUGCCGCCUCAUAGGGAGUUUAGUGAAUCUGAUUAUGAACAAGCACCUACUUACAUGGACGAAGAUGAAGCCAGAGCCGAAGUCAAUAAAUCACCUUCAACACAAUCAGGUAGUAGUAAUAAAACUGUGCAUUCCAG